GUGGGCGAGAGGGGGGAGACCAGCCACACUCAGCGGACAAGCCGGUGCGCGGAUCCGUCAUCGUCUCCCAUCGGUCCUGGACGCCCCUGCCUCGGUCGUGCCGAUUCCCCCCCAGCUUUGCAUCUGAAUGACGGGCGGAAGGUUCGACUUCGACGACGGCGGCACUUACUGCGGGGGUUGGGAGGAUGGCAAAGCCCACGGCCACGGCAUCUGCACCGGACCCAAGGGCCAGGGCGAGUACGCGGGCUCUUGGUCGCACGGCUUCGAGAUAGUCGGCGUGUACACCUGGCCCAGCGGGAACACCUACAAGGGCUACUGGUCGCAGGGCAAGCGGCACGGGCUCGGCGUGGAGAAUAAAGGCAAGUGGAUCUACCGCGGGGAGUGGAGCCACGGUUUCAAGGGGCGAUACGGCGUCCGGCAGAGCCACAACACGCCUGCGAGAUACGACGGCACCUGGAGCAACGGGCUCCAGGACGGAUAUGGCGUUGAAACCUACGGCGAUGGAGGCACCUACCAAGGCCAGUGGAUGGGUGGUAUGCGCCAUGGUUACGGCGUGCGCCAGAGCGUUCCUUAUGGGAUGGCGACCGUUAUCCGCUCGCCGCUUCGUACAUCCAUGGCUUCCCUGCGCUCUGAGCAGAGCAACGGCACCGUGCUUCACGACCUCUCCUCCCCCGCAGACACGCCCACGGGAAACCGUGGCGGCUUCGUGCUAAACUUCCACUCGGACAGUGAGGUGGUGACGGGCAAGAAGAAGGGCCUCUUCCGUCGGGGUUCCCUCUUCGGGAGCCUGCGGCAGUUGCGUAAGUCUGACUCCCGGACCUCCAUCUCCAGCAAGCGCAGCUCGGCACGCAGCGACGCCACCAUGAGCCGCAUCAGCUCCAGCGACGCCAACUCCACCAUAUCCAUCGGCGACGGCGAGCUGCAAGACGAGGAUCUUCUCUUGGAGGACCACGUGGACGCCACCACCACCGAGGCCUACAUGGGCGAAUGGAAGAACGACAAGCGCAACGGAUUUGGCGUUUCAGAGCGAUCCAACGGGAUGAAGUACGAGGGAGAGUGGCUGAACAACAAGCGCCAUGGUUACGGCUGCACAGUUUUCCCAGAUGGCACCAAAGAAGAAGGGAAGUACAAAAAUAACGUGCUGGUGCGUGGUAUAAGGAAGCAGCUGAUUCCUCUAAAGAACCCCAAAACCAAAGAGAAGGUGGAUCGGGCAGUGGAGGGGGCGCAGAGGGCAGCAGCUAUCGCCAGGAGCAAAGUGGAAAUAGCCGCUUCCAGGACAGCCCAUGCCAGGACUAAGAGCGAGGCUGCAGACCAGGCCUCCAUCUCUGCAGUGCAAGAUGCCGAAAUCGCCAGAGCAGUUGCUAGGGAGCUUGCGCCAAACUUCUACCAACCAGGGCCUGACUACGUAAAACAGCAGUUUAAAGAGCCCGUGGACAUUAAGGAGGUCCCCGUUGAAAAGAAAGAAGACUCGCCAAGCGAUUCUCCCCAUUUUUACCGCAAAGGUACCACCCCUCCUCAUUCCCCAUUGAAUAGUCCCGUGGGCUCUCCUCCCCACUCACCUCACUCCAGCAAGAAGAAAGGCCAUCUCGCCAACAACAACAGCCGUAAAACCAGCAAGGAGGAGCAACCUUCCCGUAAAACAAGCAAGGAGGAAAGGUCCGCCCACAAAACCAGCAAAGAUGAACGUUCUAGCAGGAAGCCAAGCAAAGAGGAGAGGAUGUCCGUCCCCGAUGGCCCCAAAGCGAUUCAUAUGCACAUCGAGGCUCCCCCUAAACCUGCUAAACUUCAACAGCCGAGCCCUCCAACCGUUGCCCCCGCACAACCUCCUGCAGUCCCGGUCAAUGGCCAGCUCCACACAGAGUACCACAGUUACUACGUCAAGGCGACAGUAAAGGGUCUUCCACCCCCUGACCCAGAGGAGGACCCAGAGGAAGAGCCUAGUUCCCUGACCCUGGCACACCUGCCGCCACAGCCUCGGUCUACCCCGACCCCGAAGCCGGCCUCUAUACGGGACAGCAAGAGUGACCCGAAACUCAGGAAGCAAGAUUCCCUAAAGCCAAAGAGCCUCGCAGACACAAAGAAAUCCAGUAUGGAGAUUGCAGAAACCGCAGAGGAAACGGGUCCUAACUCCAUCCUUGUCGCUAUGGUAAUGCUGUUGAAUAUCGGCCUUGCAAUUAUAUUUGUCCAUUUUCUGACAUGAUAGUGCUCAUUCUCAGUGAAAACACGGCAAGUUAUGCAGUUGCCUUGAAAAUAGAAAAUGGCGCCGACGAGUCAUGGUGGCAGCCGGAGGUGUUUGGUUGACAGCAUGACACCACAGAGAAUCAGGAGGAAGGUGUCACUACCACCAACCUAUCACAGGCCCCACGUGGACCACCCCUGCCAAUUAGCAGUCCUUUGGGCUUCUGGAAAAUCUGAGGUGAAACGUUGUGUCUAAUGAGUUAUAAUAAACCAAUCAAAUGUAGUGGAAGUCAUUUCAACCCGCUGGCGCUGAGGCGAGCAGCGGACCCUGCAGCCAGAGGAGGCAGCGGGCUGACGGACUUUGCUGCCGGGAGAAAGCGGAGCUGCACUUUUAGAUGACGGGUGCAAACAGCUGCCCUUCUAUUUUGCCACCGCGAGGAGGUGACGAUGGCGAGGCGGGAGUGAGGUGUUUAACAGUCGCAGUGGGAACAUGCGGAGCUUUAUUCAGGGGUGGGGGGGCUCCCGCCGCUUUAUACAACAGGAAGCUGGCCCUGGCUUGUUGCUAAGCAGUCAGUGCUGGCACAGUCACUUGCCAGUCUUACUGUUUUAAAAGCUCUAAAUGUUUGUCCCGCUCCAUCCAAGAUUGCUCAAAACAACUGCCCGUUGCAUGGUACUGUUUUGGGAUUUUCUUUUUAUUGUAUUUUGUUUGUUCUUUGUUGUUCUUGGGAUGGUGGUUACCUUUAUUUUUCAAAUCCCACACCAUUUGAUUUGUAAUUUAUUGAAAAUGCAAGUGCAAUAUGUUUUAUUUUUUCAAAAGAGCUUGGAGUAUAUUUUGCCAAAAAAUAAAUUAUAUCAUUAUUCCUAAAGUAGAAUUUACCACAUUGGUGGGGAACCAACGUCUUGCGAGUCGUUAUACCAUCCAGGAGCAUUUGAUUCGGUCCAGCACUCGAUUCUAAAAACAAAUAAAACCUUCAAGUACCUGUCGUUAGAUAAAAAGCCCAAUAACAUUUAAUCCACAAAUGCUCAUAAAAUAUAACAAUAAACAUUAGUUUUGUCGUUGCGUCGUAUUCCUUCAUAAAUUUAGUAUGACCUUCGGGAGGAUUGAAAUGGACCCAUACAGGAAAAAGGUUUCCUUCUGCUGAAGUCGAAUGACAGCUGGCAAAGGAUUUUUUUUAUUAUUAUUUUUUUACGCUGGCUGUCGAGAGUAGCGUUAACAAAGGUCUUAUUGUUAUUUAUUGAAAUCCAAAUAAAAUGUUUGACUACAUAUUGGAACACAUGACACCACUGGGCUUUAAUUCCCUCUGUGUUUUCUCCACUGUCCACUAUUGUUUUAGUCUAGGAUGGAAAGGCUGCUGUAACAGUGACUUAAGCGCUUUUGGGGAGGUUGGAAACUUUAAUUUAUUCAGGUUGAC